AUGGGCCGUCGACUCAUCCGUGGUCUCUCUGGAGCUGCAGUCUUCCUUGCCAGUGUGGCUCUCCUCUCCAUGCGGCACCGUGGGGCUCAGGAAACAGCUCGGUACCCUGGGCUCAGGGAGGGGAUGUUGGUGAAGCCAGAGCAGUGGAAUAAAGUGAGCCCAGAGGGAGGUGGUGGCAUGGGGCAGAAGGACCUCAAAGUCCAUCCUCCGGAGGGAUACAGGACUGGGGGAAGCCUGACACUUGGGGACAUUUUCAUAGCUGUGAAGACAACCAAGAGAUUUCACCAGAGCAGGAUGGAGCUGCUCCUGGACACGUGGAUAUCCCAGGCCAGUGAGCAGACCUAUGUCUUCACUGAUGAAGAAGAUGAUGCCUUGAAAAAGAGAAUGGGUGCCCAUGUGAUCUUCACCAACUGCUCUGCUGAGCACAGCCACCUGGCCCUCUCCUGCAAGAUGGCUGCUGAGUUUGACGCCUUCAUGGUCAGUGGCCAGAGCUGGUUUUGCCAUUUGGAUGAUGACAACUACCUGAACCCUCGGGCCCUCCUGAAGCUCUUGUCCUCCUACUCUGAGACGUGGGAUGUAUACGUGGGGAAACCGAGUCUGAACCGACCCAUCUGGGCCUCUGAAAUACUUCCAAACAACCAGACGAAAUCUGUGCGCUUCUGGUUUGCCACAGGAGGGGCUGGGUUCUGCAUCAGCCGCAAGCUGGCAAGCAAGAUGGUGCCAUGGGCCAGUGGCAGGAACUUCCUGAGCACUUCAGAGCUCAUCCGCCUGCCGGAUGACUGCACUGUGGGUUACAUCAUUGAGUGCAAAGUUGGGGGGCAGCUGCUGCCCAGUGCACUCUUCCACUCCCACCUGGAGAACCUACAGCUCAUCCCCACCUCUCGGCUCACUCAGCAGGUCACCCUCAGCUACGGUGUCUUUGAGAACAAACUCAAUGUUAUUGAGCUCAGCGGCCCCUUCUCGCCCCAAGAGGAUCCCUCAAGGUUUCGAUCACUCCACUGCCAUCUCUAUCCCAACACCUCCUGGUGCCUGCAGGCUGUUGGCUGGUGA